CGCUCUGUUGCCGCAGGAUUUGAAUCGGCGGCGUUGUUAUUGACGCCAUAUUGGGGCUGGCGGCUGGUGGGGAGAAGUCAUAUAGGGGGGCGGGGGGGAAAGGGAAGCGGUUAGACAAGCCUUCCCUUCAGCUGCCACUGCCGUCGCCGCCACCGCCGCCGACGUCGCUGCCGCCUCCUCCCAGCUAUCCCCCCUGGCAUUUGUCCUAGCCCCACCGCACCCGGUCCUGCCCGGCGAGAGUCGCGUCCCGGCUUUACACUUCGCAGGGCCCGAAGGGAGACUGGCAGGCUGAGAGAAGGGCCCCUUUCAACCAGGCGGAAAGACUCGAACCAGGGCGGGGACCGGGUCAGAGGCUCCCGGGAGAGCGGGAGCUGAGCAGGAAGGAAGGCAGGCAGUCAGGAAGGCAGGCCCCCAGAGGGACACCCCCCCGGACGCCGCCGGCUCUCGUCACCCCCGUCCCCCUCCCCUCCCUCCUACCGCCGGUCCGUGCCGCCACCGCUGCUCCCGCCGAGGCGGCGGCGGCGUGGUCCGCAUCGGCUGCUCCUCUCGGCCGUCCGGCCCUUGGGGGUCGCCGGUUCCCCUCCCCCGCUCGCCCGCGCCUGGUUCCCUUCCGGCCCCGGUCAUGGCGUGCGGAGCCACUUUGAAAAGGACUCUGGAUUUCGACCCGUUGCUGAGCCCGGCGUCCCCCAAGCGGCGGCGAUGUGCGCCAUUGUCGGCGCCCGCCUCGGCCGCCGCCUCCCCGUCGUCGUCGGCCGCCGCCACCGCUGCCUCCUUUUCGGCCGCCGCCGCCUCGCCGCAGAAAUACCUCCGGAUGGAGCCGUCCCCCUUCGGCGAGGUUUCCUCUCGCCUCACUACAGAACAAAUUCUGUACAACAUAAAACAAGAAUAUAAACGUAUGCAGAAGAGAAGACAUUUAGAAACUAGCUUCCAGCAGACAGAUCCUUGCUGUUCUUCUGAUUCACAACCACAUGCAUUUCUUCUCAGUGGACCAGGUUCUCCAGGCUCUUCAUCUGCAGCAUCAUCACCAUUAAAAAAAGAACAGCCUUUAUUUACUCUAAGGCAGGUUGGGAUGAUCUGUGAACGUUUGCUGAAAGAACGUGAAGAGAAAGUUCGUGAAGAGUAUGAAGAAAUUUUGACCACAAAACUUGCAGAACAGUAUGAUGCAUUUGUGAAAUUCACGCAUGAUCAGAUAAUGCGACGAUAUGGAGAACAGCCUGCUAGUUAUGUUUCAUGAAUCACGUUUCCUGCAUUUGUGGGCUGCCUGGUUCCCUGUUGAGUUGUUGCAAGUGGUCCCAGUUAAGACUUGCAGCAAUGCCAUAUUUCUCCCCCUCCCCCUGUGAACACAGGUUAUUUCAAGCUUUUGUCAGUGGCAACCACUCUUAGGCAGCAACUGGUUUUGGAGUGCUCCCUGAUGUCAAUACCACCUGGAUGUGGACUGUUGCUACCUGUAUUAAUAAUACCAGUGGCCUCAUUUGCUGUAUCAUUACAAUUUGGCUUCUUAUGUUAAUGAUAUGUUUGAAAAAAGAUUAAAGCUGGUGUUCUAGAAAAUGCCCUUCAUUGGUUGUGUAAAUAAAACUGUAGAAUGACACUUCUGAUUGAAGUUAGUGUGGUUUUAAUAACUGUGCACUACAACCAAGCUGUAACCAGUCAUUAAUAACUUAGAAUGUAAUCCCAGGACAAUUAAGCAAAUAGCCCACAGUACUAUCUGUGAAAUAGUGAAGGAGAGCAUUUCUGUAUUCCAGGAUUUGGGGGGGGUUAAGAAUGGGUUUAUAUGAUUUCUUGUUUUUGUAGUUUUUAUUUAUUCUAUCAGUCUUUAACAAAAUGUUUAUUGCUGCAUUUUUUUUCAGUGUAUCAUUGUUUUACUGCCCUUGUAGUACUGGAAUUUAGUUGGAAAAAUAAAACAUUUACUUCUAAUCUGUUUGUUUUUAAUGUGCAGAUGGGCUUUGUGCAGUGUAUGGAUAAAAUUAGUGUUUGAAAUACAAGCAAUUACCUAAGUGAAGGAACUGGAAGUUCUCAGAGAAUGACGUUUAUCUCCUGUAAUCAACGAUUUAGUGUUACUGUUUAAAACCUGGCUAAGUUGUUUCUGGUCCUGAAGCAGUUUUUCACCUGAUUGCAGUGGUAGGACUUGACUGGCACGUAAUUGCAGUUUACACUUUUAGCUGCAGAAUUCUAAAUUUCAGGGGAAUGAGAAUGUUUGGGGGCUUUGAAGGUUAGCUAUUGGCAUGAACCAAGAUUUGAACAAAGUUUGUCACUUAGAAAUUUAUUUUAACUUUUAGGUUCUGCUUUUUAAAAAGGGUUGUUUUUGGUUUUUGUUUUAAAGCCAUGCCAGGGAUAAGUCAUAUUAUGCUAAAUUCCAGUAAUACAUUUGGCCAUAAAUAUUCUAAAAUGAUUAACUAUUGGAAGUUUCCUAAGUGCAGCUUACUUUUUAAAAUGUGUUUUCUGUGACAAGGCAAAGAGAUGAUUCUGAUUCUGUACAUUUCCCCCCUGGCUUAUUCGUUAUUUAUCAUGAAUACUUGGAAGAACUGGUUGUAACCUAAUGAAGACUGAAGGGAGGAAAGAGGGAAUGAACGGAAGGGUAAAUACACUGACCCCGAGGUCUGGUUGUAAAUGUCACUUCAUCCUGUUUUCCCAGUCACACACACUCUUCCACACCUGGAAUUUCAGUGCCAACAGUUGUAUUAAAAAAACAGUAAUAGGGCUAUAUUUUAUACUUGAUAUAGGGAGACACCAGUAUCUCACUAAAAGGAAAAUCAGUGCCUUUUUCCUUCCAUUUUUUUCCCAUUCCAUAAGGAAUAAUGUGACUCUGUUUGGGUUACAGCAUUAACGUAAUACAUUUUAGAUUUUACGAAAAUAUACAAAUCAAAUUUCAUUGCAACAAAAAUUCCAUUAGAACAAAAAAAAUUUUACCAAAUCUUAGCUUAUGGCUUGUUUUUCUUAAGCAACAGAAUCUGGGCAUUUCCUUAGAAUACAUUUAAUGGGAUUUGGAUAUUUGGGAACACACUUUCUUCUAGUGAUGGGCCAGAUAUUUCAGUAGAUUUGAUAAAUAAGUGUCUUCUCUCCCCCUUUCAGGGUAAAUUUUUUUUUUUUUUGGUAUAGGACAGCAUUUUCUUCAGAAUUGUGGUAUUUUGCUAUUGACAGGCCAGUAAUUAAAUUAAUAGCUUAUUAGAGUGCUGUUAAUGAUUUGAAGGAAUUCUGUUACUAAGGCCUAUUAUAUCUGUAAAUAUUGUAGGCUAUAUGCUGACAAUUUUUUUAAAAGCAAAUUUAAAAUCUAGCUUCCCAUGGCCUUCUAGAACUCUCAAAUGGUGCUGUGAGAACUAUGUUGCUAUAAUGUGAAUCAGUGCCAUAAACCCCUAAUUAACCACAACACUCAAGUACACUUUUUGGGGGUGGGGCAAGGGGGUGGGGGAAAUGUUGCCUUUGAGGGAGAAGUCAAUCACAAAGCAUAUGAAUCUCAGGGAUUUAUUCUAACAUCUUCCAGGGUAUUUCUUGGCCUCAGUAUAGAUUCCACCCAGUCCCCCAAGUACCUUUUACUACACGUAGAGGCAAGUAAGUAGACUAGUACUUUACACUUUUUCCAGUACUUAAUGGGUAACACCCCACCCCCACAAAUCAGAGUAUUUUAUUUUUGAAGUGUUUGGGUAAUAAUAAUUUUCCUUCAUCAUAAAUAAGGGAAUCAGGCAAAUUGAAUGGCUUUGGUCUAGUUAUAUUUUGAAGAUUUUUAUUUUCCUCCAUGUUAAGCUGCCAUGGAUAAGAAAAGUAGGCUUUGUACCUGCUUCUAAAAUGAGAGCUAUUGUUAUAAACAAACUGAUUUUGACCAAAUGGGAAAAUUUUAAUUUCUGAAAUGAAAAUCACAGCUAAUAUUUGGAUAAACAAGUAAAUCAUUACCUUUGAAAAUUAGAAAAGGUAGCCUGGUUUUUGAGAAUUCUAGAAGAAAUCAAACAUGCCAACCUUUUCCUUAGUACAGCUUUGCUUAUUCCCAGUGUUGCUCUUGAAUUUCUUUUUCUCUCCCUAUUAAUCAGUUACAUAUUUGACCUGGGCUAAGGCACCAAGCCUUUCUAUAAAAGGGCUAAAUUUCUGCUUUUAAGUUGAGGACACUGAACUUACUGAUCUCUUCCAGCUUUGAAUGAAAAUCUUUUAUUCUAUUAACAAAUCUUAGUCUGAAGUACUUUGCAAGAACAAAUUAGUUGACUCAGUGAAGGGUCCCGUCUCUGAUUUGAGUGGAUAUUUUAAUCAUGUUUAAAGUAUGCAUGUUAUUCAACAGGUUUGUGCAAGUCAUAUCUGUUACGAGGUUCUCAGUGCCUCCAAGGAUUUAAAGUCCAAAUUUAAGAGGGUACUGGGAAGCGACUAUUAGGAAAUAAUCAGUUCUGACCAUGUAUUUUCAAAGUAAAUAAACUACUUUUCAAUACAAUGAAGAAUUUUAUCACAUUAUUACUUAAUUUGACUUCCACAGACUCAUUGAAUUUUAAAAAGAUGCAAGGUAUCUUAGAAACCAAGUUUCAUGCCUCUCAUUUACAAAGGAGACUGAAGCCCACCCAGAGAUGUAGUAUUUUUCCCAGGACAAGUGAGUAGAACUAGGAUUUGAACCAAGGCUUUCAGAUCCCAAAUAUUAGUAAGCUCUCUCUACCAUGCAGCUUUUUUAGGGUCCCUCCCCUCUAGAUAUCAUGUUCAGUUUCAAAGGCUUGGAGCCAGAGUGUCCUGGUUUUGUUACUUUCAAAGUUUUUUCCUACUACAAUACCUCUGUAAGAACUCUUCUAUGUUAGCCUAUCCAUUAGGCUACUUAAUUUUAAAAGAUGAGUGAUGUGAAACAGAUAUAUUACUGUUUUCUUUAUGUGUUGAGUCUUUCAACUCUUAGGCAGACAAUGACAGGGAUGCAAAGCUGGGACUGAACUUGAAAAAAUGAACUUUGAGAAUCUUAUGCUCUAUCCUACUUCCUCUUAAAAUAGUAGUUUCUUAGCAACACCAAAGCAUUUUACUUUUACUCAAAUCUUGACCUACAAUAAUCUGGGAUUUGAAACUAGGCCUUUAUAUGAUAGAAUUUAUUAUCUAGAAUGUAAGCUCUAUUAAAUGACUGAAGUUUACAUUGUACAUUCAAGAUAAUUCUGGAAUCCUUUCUACACUGAUAAGACUGUUGAGUAAGACAUUUCUGAGACAGUCAUUUUUAUUAAAGGCUGUAGCCUCCAUGUCAGAAUGGAACCACUUGAAACACAGCCUUAUAACAAAUGUCCCUCCAUAUAUUGUUCUUAUUUUCUAAUAUAGAAGCCUGCUAUAAAUGGCUCAUAGAAUCAAGUAUUACUUAGUAAUCUAUCUGGAAUUUUGCUAUCUGGCAGUCUCACUUAAAAAUGGCAUCCGAGUAGCCAAAAUAUGAUCCCCCAAAUCCCUUGUACCUUAUCAGUAAGUUCUUCAGCCCAUUUAACACCCCCCCCCCCAAUCUAACACACUCGGUUAGCUGGUUUCUAACCCUCUCCCAGAUUUUUAAAAUUUAAAAUUAAUUCUGCUAAAGGAGAUAAAGGAAAGAGGGAACCAUUAUAGCUAAGCCCACUAAUAGCAAGAGUUAGAGGAAGGUUCAAAUCAGCCUGAUAAAACCAUUGUUUCUACUUAACCCAUCAGCUCCUCCUCCCAGAUCAUUAAUAUAUUUAUAGCACGGUACAAUAGACAUUAAUAAUAAUGCUGAACCAUCAGAAGAUUAAAUUGUUUUCCAUAUGCUAUUGAAGGUAGAAAAAUACAGAUUAAAAUGAUAUAUCAGAAGGGGUAAACCUUCAGUGCUAUUCAAGGUUUUUUGAUAGCUGGGGUUUUACUGUACCAUUUCAUCUAGGAUAUAAGGUUACAUAGUCUACUAACAGCUUUGUUGAUUUAGAAAACUAUAGGGUCUACUGAAUGUGAUGUGCUUUGAAUGUUGAUUGAAGCUGUCUUUUUUUGGGAAAAUGUUUACUGACACAGGAGUACUUGUAUUGGAAUAUUUAACAUUAUACUGGUAUUCAUAAUAAAAUAUGACCUUUCCACAUGUUGCAUA